AUGCUUGAAUGUCGUUUAUUUCAGUUAAUUGAUUCUCUUAGUUAUAUACCAUUUUUUAUUAUUUGUAAUUUAAUAUCUGGUUUAGCAUCAAUAUUUACUCGUAUAUGUUUAUGGUUAAAUGGUUUAAUUGCUUUUCAUCGAUCACUUCAAUCAUUUGAAUUAAAUCAUUAUUUACAUCGAAUUUGUACGAAAUCUAAUGCAAUAAAACAGAUUGUAUUUAUAAUUGUAAUUGUUAUUUUAAUGCAUAUUCAUGAAUUAAUUUGUCGUGUUACAUUAUCAGAUCCUGUUGCACCAGGAAAAUUUGUAUGUCAAAUAAAAUAUUCAUCAGAUUUAUUAAUAUUAAAUCAAAUAUUUACUUUUCUUCAUUUAUUUAUUCCAUUUUCUUUACAUAUUAUCUCGACAUGUUUAAUAAUAGCAUCAAUUAGUCAUCGAAGAGCUAUUCUUCAUCAAACAACCUAUUAUAACCAAUGGAUAAAACAAUUUCAAACGCAUUAUCAUCUUUUUCUGGCACCAUUAAUUGCAAUGUUAUGUACAUUACCUCAAUUGAUUUUAUCAUUAAAAUUUUCCUGUGUGGAUAUUUCUUUAAAAUGGCUCUUACGAUUAAAUACAUCAGCUAAUUUAAUUCUUUAUAUACCUCAAUCAAUUACAUUUUUACUUUUUAUUUAUCGUUCAGAAGUUUAUUUCAAUAUUUUUAAAACACAAUCAAUAUUUGGCAAACAUUUUUGUUAUAGACAUUAUGUCAACAACCGAAUAGUACCACAUAUCACUAGAGAUGCUCUUCACAGACAAUUAGAAAGUAAAACACCAACGCGUAAAUCUCCUCUAGGUACUUUACCUUAG